GUUUUAUAUUUUUAUGGGUAGAAAAAAUAGAGAUUUAUCUUAUUUGAAACCAUUUUGUUUUUACUGUGAUAAAACAUUUAAAAAUGAAGUGUAUUUGCAUUAGCAUUAAAAAGCAAAACAUUUUACUUGUUAAAGAUGUUUCAAAAAGUUUUCAUCUUGUGAUUCAUUAAAAAAUCAUGUAGAAUCAGCUCAUCAUGAAGUUUUAACUAAGUAUUUAUCUAUAUUAUUGUUUAUUUUAGAAUUCCUAAUGCCACUGGUGAUAGAAGUGAUAUUAAAAAUAAAAUUUUUGGAAUGCAAGGAGUACCCAGAGUAGAAAUUGAAAAAAGAAUUAGAAAAGGAGCUGAAGAAUAUUGGACUAAAAUAUUAAGUGCUCAAUAUUAAUAAAGAAGAAAAGAGAAUAAAUAAAGAAUGAAGUAAAACAGGGAAAUAAAUAAAAAAGAAAUUUAAUAAGAUGCCAAAAUUGAUGUAAAACAUUAAUUUUAUUUUUAGAAUGAAAAAGAAGAUAUUGUGUAACAUGAAUAUAAUCCAGAAGCUAAACCCAUCAGUUUUGAUCUAAAUUAUGAACAAUUACAAAAAUAAUGAUGAAUUAUAUAACUCAUCCAGCAG